AUGGCUACAAUAGUCACCUCGACCAGAUUUACAGACGAGUAUCAGCUCUAUGAAGAACUCGGAAAGGGUGCCUUUUCUAUUGUCAGACGGUGUGUCAAGAAAUCCACUGGUCAGGAGUAUGCUGCUAAAAUAAUUAACACAAAGAAACUCUCCGCCAGAGAUCAUCAGAAACUUGAACGAGAAGCAAGAAUCUGUCGGCUGCUUAAGCACCCCAACAUAGUUCGCCUUCAUGACAGCAUCUCAGAAGAAGGCUUCCAUUACUUGGUGUUUGACCUUGUGACUGGAGGAGAGCUGUUCGAGGACAUUGUUGCCAGAGAGUAUUACAGUGAAGCUGAUGCCAGCCACUGCAUUAAUCAGAUAUUGGAGAGUGUCAGUCACAUCCACCAACAUGACAUUGUUCACAGAGACCUCAAGCCAGAGAACCUACUAUUGGCCAGUAAGAUGAAGGGAGCGGCAGUGAAGCUUGCAGAUUUUGGUCUUGCCAUUGAGGUGCAGGGCGACCAACAGGCCUGGUUUGGAUUUGCUGGAACUCCAGGCUACCUGUCUCCAGAAGUGUUACGGAAGGACCCUUAUGGCAAACCGGUGGACAUAUGGGCAUGCGGUGUGAUCCUAUACAUUUUGUUAGUGGGCUAUCCUCCUUUCUGGGAUGAGGACCAACACAAGCUGUAUCAACAAAUUAAAGCUGGUGCAUAUGAUUUCCCCUCUCCAGAGUGGGACACUGUGACUCCAGAGGCUAAGAAUCUGAUCAACCAGAUGCUGACCAUCAACCCUGCCAAACGGAUCACUGCGGACCAGGCUCUCAAACACCCAUGGGUCUGCCAACGCUCCACUGUGGCCUCCAUGAUGCACCGUCAAGAGACAGUCGAGUGUUUGCGCAAAUUUAAUGCAAGACGUAAAUUAAAAGGAGCGAUUCUGACUACGAUGUUGGUGUCCAGAAACUUUUCUGUGGGACGGCAGCACACCAGCCCUGCUGCUACCACCAGCACUGCCGCUAUGGCUCAGGAAGCUUGCAAAACGUUACUUAACAAAAAGUCAGACGGUGUGAAGAAAAGGAAGUCCAGCUCAAGUGUUUGUUUAAUGUCACAGGGAAACAGUAAAAACAGUGUAGUAAGCAGCAUCAGCACCAAAGACAGCAGCAUGUCAUCUUCAGCUCCAAUGGAAGCCCAGACAACUGUUGUGCACAACCCGGCUGACGGGACCAAGGGCUCAACCGAGAGCUGUAACAACGCAGAAGAGGAGGACAUGAAAGUUUGCGAGAGCGCUGACAGCACAGGCUUGAGUCAAAGCAGCACCAUUGAGGAGGGUCCUCAGAGUCCCACCACAGACAGAGUCCUGUCCACUGCUGCCGCUGUGGUCCAUGUCUCCUCUCGUAAACAAGAGAUAAUAAAAAUGACUGAGCAGCUGAUUGAAGCAAUCAACAAUGGAGAUUUUGAGGCAUACACGAGAAUAUGUGACCCAGGUUUGACCUCGUUCGAACCAGAGGCGCUGGGAAACCUUGUAGAAGGCAUGGACUUUCACAAGUUCUACUUUGAAAACUUGCUAAGUAAAAACAGUAAGCCGGUGCACACCACAAUCCUGAACCCUCACGUGCACCUGAUUGGAGAAGAAGCGGCAUGCAUCGCGUACAUCCGCCUGACGCAGUACAUGGACGCGCAGGGCCGCCCGCGCUCCUGUCAGCGCCCCGGCCGCUCCUCUGCAGUGAAGCCCAGGCACAGCUUUUCCUGA